GCAAUGUGCAUUUUUUGCCCCAAAUUUACAUUAAUGUUUUUGUUAUUUUCUAUAAAUACCUCAAAAAUUGUCAACAACACAAAUUCACGCUGUUGAAUUGAAGUCUGACCGUUUAACAUUUGAACCGGCGUCUUUCUUCGAAUCUUCUUCCCUCAAGUUUGGUUGGGCUUUGACGCACCUACAGUCCACCAUCUUGCCCACCUAACCCUAACUCGCAUGAUCGACCAAAAAAAAGAAAUAAAAAGAGGGAAGGGAGGAACGCGCACCUUCUUCCUUCCUUUCUUUCCUCUGCUCGGACUCCCCUUCUCCUCUCCUCUUCUUCCCCGUGGAAUUAAUUGUUCUCUCCUCGAUUGCCCGGCGCGGUGGGGAUGCGGCGGCUAUGGCGAUGGUACCAGCAGUGCCUGGCGUCGCACCCGGUGCGCACGCAGGUCGUCAGCUCCGGCAUCCUCUGGGCCUCCGGUGACAUCGGCGCCCAGGCCGUCACCCACUACUCCGCACGCCGCCCCGACCGCCGCGCCAACAACACCCCCGAGGAUAAGGAUAAAGAUAAAGAAUUCAAAGUUGAUUGGAGGAGGGUGGGCAUCACAAGUUCCUUUGGAUUUGCUUUUGUUGGACCAGUUGGACAUUACUGGUAUGAGUACCUGGACCGUUUUAUCCGGCGGAGAUUUCAGCCUAAUACAUUCAAAUUUGUUGCCUCAAAAGUUGCUGCGGAUGGUUUCCUCUUUGGACCGUUAGAUCUUCUCUUGUUCUUUUCAUAUGUGGGUCUCGGCCAAGGAAGGAGUGUAGAGCAAGUGAAGGAAGACGUGAAAAGGGAUUUCAUUCCCGCUCUGGCACUAGGUGGGAUGAUCUGGCCAGCCGUGCAGAUCGCAAACUUCCGCUUCAUUCCUGUGCGGUACCAGCUCCUGUAUGUGAACUUGUUCUGCCUUUUGGACAGCUGUUUCCUGUCAUGGAUUGAGCAGCAGGGAGACGCUUCUUGGAAGCAGUGGUUCACGUCGUUCCAUAAAAUCGAAGACCAGAAGAGUAAGGUUUGAUUUUACUAGUUAUGAGCCAUGUGUUGUUCAUGUGGAUCAACAUUAAACUCUUGUUGAUCCAAAUCUGAAACAUGGAAAUGAGAACGGUUGCUGGCAGCAUCUGUUCAAAUCAUUUGCAAUGCCAACAAAACUGAGCUUCAAUGUCAUUGUAGAGAAUUCUUUUAAAUCUUUAUCGGGAAGGAAACAUUGUCGCAUUGCACUGUUAGCUUUAAGUUCAGUGAACUGGCUAUCCUGCUUAUGCGUGGUACUGCCAAUGACUUUGUACUUGUUUUUUCGGGUGACAGCGAUAUGGAUGUUGUUGGUAAGCUGAA